UAUGUAUGACGUUACUGAAACCCAAGUCGUCCUAGGGAAUUAGAGACUACAGAGGACAGGUUCACGCACGUCUACAAUGUAACUUAUGAUACUUUUUAACGCCUUCGAAGUUAAAAUCAGGCAGUGCAGGGCCCGCACUGCCCGUACGGCCUUGGUUUAGGCCACGUGUGCCAGAGGUAGGGACCACUGAUCUCUAGUGUCUCUAGUGGGUCGUGCUCUAGUGUUAGGGGCUCCAUGCAAAACGUAGGGAAGGUGCGUAGGGACGGUAGGGACCAAGCGUAGGGACUGGGGGCUCCACAAAAGCAUCAUUUCAAAAUGGCGGUCACGGCAGCGUGGGAUUCGAAGUUAGAAGAGAUUCGCAACGAAUACAAGCGUGCCCGGAAACUAAUUGACAUCGAAAGUCUGUUGGACCCGCCGACAGAGCCGUACCGAUCCAAGUAUGAAGCUAAGAAAAUACUCAAAGAGCUGCUGGAACUCAUCAGCCAGACCGAAACGGACAGCCCUGGCAAGGAGCACGUACGAGCGCUGAUCAAGUACGACCUGGGAGUCGUCGCCACGGAAACGGAGGAGACUUCCUUGGGGCUCGAGUGCUUCGAAGAGUGCCUCAGGAUCAUCGGCGAGGAUGGGUACGAAGAUCCAUCCUGCUGCUCGCUCGCGAUCAGCGCUCUCAACCAACUCGGGGUCAUAGCCACGGGCCGGUCCGACCCGAACCGAGCGUGCGAGCACCUCAAGCAAGCCGAGAGCAUCUACGCCAAGGUGAGCGCGGAAGACUUGACGAGGGUGCGAGGCUUUAGCGACUACUUCCUGACAGAGGGGCAGGCACGCUGCGAGACCGGCAUCAAGGAUCUCGAGCGCGCACACACGCACACGCUCUACUACCUUGCUCAGGUGUACGAGUCGCUCGGAGAAAAUGAGAAGGCGGCCAUGUACUGCCACAGCACGCUGAAGAAGCAACUGGCGAUCGGUGGCAUGGACAGCAUUGACUGGGCCCUCAACGCGGCUACCUUAUCGCAAUUCUUCAUCGUCAGGGGCGACUUCGGGGCGGGCAGACACCACUUGGCAUGCGCGAGCUACGUGCUCGCACAGUACGCGACUGAGUUGGACCACGAUCAGUCGUCCCCCGAGCACAAGGAGGAGAAAGAAGAGACGCUGAAGCACAGGUCCGCUGAUGUGGCACGGUGCUGGGCUAAGUAUGGUCUUCUGCUCUUGGUCGCCUCGAGGGAAGAAGCCACUGGCCAGAAGGACGAGGAACAGUCGCCCAGCAAACAGCCCCACCUGCUCAUCAAGUCGCCCGAGGUAGCCGCCCUAGAAGCCAUGGUCACGGACAAGCUGGUGACAGACUUCGAGGGCGCUAAGCCAGUCUUCCUGACUUGUCAGCGAUGGUUGACCGAGGCUAAGGAGUAUUACACGCUGAAGAACCACGCCACGGACUACAUCGAGAUAGUUCAGGAGAUGAGCAAAUUGUACAAGGAGCUGGCAUUCUUCGAGCCGGCAGCCGACCGGCGCUGCAAGAUGCACAAGCGGCGCAUCGACAUGCUCGAAGAGAUCUUAAAAGAAGUGAACCCCAAGUUCUACCUCCAUCUCUGCCGUCAGGUCAUGUUCGAGCUCGGAGAGACGUACAGCGAGAUGAUGGACGUCAAGUUCUCGAGUCUUCCGGCGGCUGUCAGGCCCAACUCUCAUGCGGUCAAGAAGAUCAACUCGCUCAUCGACAAGGCCAUACGUCACUACACUUCUUUCCUGGACACGCUGAAAGAUUUCAACGGCGAGUAUCCGGGCAAGUUUGCAGACGAUCUCGCGCGACCAGCGCUGGUGGCACAUAUCUGCGUGGGCAGACUGCACUCCAAGAGGGUAGCUCAGGAUCCCAGGGAACAGUUUGCCAACUUUGAGAUGACCAAAGAGAACUACGAGUUUGUGCAGAACUACUGCAAGAAGGCACCUGAACACGCGCUGCUGGUCAAGGAGGAGCUGGAGAUGAUGACGGAACUCCUGCAGCUCAUUCCGGGGACGCUGCAGAACAUGAUGAGCUCGACGUUGUAUUGAUACGAGACCUUGCUGCUCCAUUCACCCGCAUCGCGGGCAAUGCACUUGAGAUUGGCAUCGUCUGCAAGAUUCGAUGGGUUCCUGUUGCAACAUUGUUCUGGAUGGCUGACUUGCGUUUGUCACUCAUAACUUGUUCGACCUCGUUUUGUAUAAUCGAUUAGUAGAUGCAGCAUUGGCGUGCAGCAACGUUUGAUGGGCGGUUUCUGUCUCUCAUCUACUGUUCUUGGCCAAUAAGAAUGGCAAAGAAAGUGCAGGCGUGACUUUAACCAGUCUUUGGUUUGCAAACCAGUAAUUAAAAAACUAGAAUGAUCCAUUGCUCAAACUUAGCUGUGAAAUCCAGCUCUGGCUUGUGAGCCUCUUAGCAUCAGUAUCAGUAGUAUAAAAUUUAAAUGGCUUUAUUUGAUUCAGCCAGUCGUGCAAGAAAUUACAACUAGAUAUCGGUCCUUAAUUAAUUACACAUUCUGUUUCCCAGUGUCAAACAGAUGUUGGAACUGUGUUACAUCACCACAUAAAGUUGUUAAUUAGUGAUGUUCCUUUUUUUUGCUAGACGAUGUUGACCACUGAGUAUGAACCUUAAUUUAUUUAUUGUUGAUGAAUGAUUGCUCAGUUGCAUGUAGUAAAGCACAAGAGGUUGCCAGCAGAAAGCAAAGAAAAUGUUGCAACCCUUCUGCAAUAGAAGUGUCUAUGCCACAGACUGACCUGUCUUUGUGUCAUUGCAUUUGGCUUCUUUUUUUUGUUGGCCUCCUAAUCUAGUCUGUGGCACUUCCUUCAAAGUGUCGCAAUAGAUGUGUGUAUGCCGCUGACUAACCCGUGACCUGUUUUUCUGUCGUUGCAUUUGACUUCUUAUUUUGUUGGCCUCUUAAUGCAAUCUGUGGCACUUCUUUCACAGUCUGCUCUGGAGAGCACCUUUAUUUAUUUAUCUUCAUAGAUUACAGUAGGUUUUGUACAACCAUUGCCUACUUGAUAAUACUGUGAGUGCUCCUUGUGGUAUGUUUAUCUCUCCGUACUGGAUGUGUGGUAUCGGCGAGUUGUAUAACAAAUUUAUUGCUACUAUGUUCUUGGAAACCAAAAGGUCAACCGUGAGAAUGAUUGAAUGAAGUGAGACAGUUGUUUUCCAAGAUGUUUUGGUGCCUGGCCUUGUAGAGUGCUGGUCCAUUGAAACCGAAUCUUGCUUUAAUUGCUUGUGGGCAAUCGAGCUCUGAUUUUGUAUAAAAAUAAAUGUGUUCUUGGCUCAUUUUGGUGAACUUAGAUGCAUCCCA